UCGGAGCGCGCUGAGGCUGGCUGAUCCGUCUAUACUGUACCUCCUUGUGUGUGUGCGUGAGUGUGUGUGAGUGCGCCGGGGCAAGGGCCAGUGUCGCUGCCGCUCUCCUGUCAUGGAAGAGAGUCCACAUCAGUCCGAUACGCAGCUCUCUACGCUAUUAUAACGCUGUCAACCGGGGGAUAAAUACAUUUUUCAUCUUUUUUGACGGACGCGUUGCCCGGAUGGGAGCGGAUGCGGAGCGCAGCAGCAGCAGCAGCGGUCGCCGGUGCGUCUCCAACUUGACCACCAGCAGACAAUGGGAGUAGCUGAGCCGUGCUGCCUCAGCGCCAAGUACUACUACUACUACUACUACUCGCCCCUGGGAGACAACUACGAGAGGAAGAAGAAGGAACAGCAGCAGCAGGAGGAGGUAAAGAAGAAGGACAGGGAGAAGAAGAAAGGGAGUCAGACUAGUUGUACCAGUAGAUCUCCCUCUCUGGGCAGCAGCAGCAGCAGCAGCAGCAGCAGCUCCGGGACUCCCGCAACAGCCGAUACGCACGGAUCCAGAGCGACGAUCCGUCUGCCUGUGGGAUGCGUGUGAGAGAAAACCUGCAAAUCUGAGAGACGAACUCCUCUGUGUGGGACUAUUCUGUUUUCGUGGAAUUUGUGGAUUUUACGCACAUGCACAGUUUAUAAGACCUCGGGAGACAUUAAGACGCAGCUUCAGGCAAGCCAAACAGCUCUUUUUGAAGGAUUAUGUCUCAUUUCCCCUUUACGCGCCGUGGAUCUCACAGACUGGACUUAAGAGGGUGUAAUUGUGUGUCAAUUAACAGCAGCCUGUGAGCGGCUAACCUUCUCUCGAGAUCCCCCCCACCUUCCUCCUCCCCUCUCUGUCCCCCCCCCCCCCCGGAACCAAAAACCUGGACGAGCUUCCUCCUGCAGCUCCGCCGGUACCUCUGCACGCCUCUGUCCGUGGUCCUGAAAAUAAUUCGGGUUGGAUUUUGUGGAUUUUCCCCGCUGGAGGGAGUGACACAAACAUGAUUUCACGGCCGGUGAGGUCAUGAGCAUCCCGCGGCUCAGCACCGGCGACUCCGGGAUCUGAGGGAACCGACAAAAAAAAAAAAAAAAAAAAAGAAGCGGAACAUUGCCGGCUCACCUUGGAGGUCAUAAACCAUAACCAUAACCCCCCCUUCCCUCUCCUCCUCUUCCUCCUCCUCUUCCACCACUAAAGGAUCUUUUUUUCUCUCUCUCUGGAGGGGAAUUUGUCAUCCUCUCAAGAGUGUGACCCCCCCUCCCUUCCCUUCAGCAACACCUUCACCCCCCCUCCUCCAAAAACAAAAUGAGACUGGCAAAAAUGUGCCGACUAAACGCGCUGGGGAUCUAUUUGUGGGAAACGAUAGUGUUUAUCAGCUUGGCAGCGUCCAAAGAAGCUGCGGCGAGGAAAGCUGCCACCCCGAUGCCGCCCUCCGAGUUCCUGGACAAACUCAUGGGCAAAGUUUCGGGUUACGACGCCAGAAUUCGACCGAAUUUUAAAGGUCCGCCUGUAAACGUAACCUGCAACAUUUUUAUCAACAGUUUUGGGUCCAUCGCUGAAACAACAAUGGACUACAGAGUGAACAUCUUUCUGAGACAGCAGUGGAACGACCCUCGGUUGGCCUACAGCGAGUACCCCGACGACUCGCUGGACCUCGACCCCUCCAUGUUGGACUCCAUUUGGAAACCUGACUUGUUCUUUGCCAACGAGAAGGGGGCAAACUUCCACGAGGUCACCACCGACAACAAGCUGCUACGUAUCUCUAAAAACGGCAACGUGCUCUACAGCAUACGAAUAACACUGAUCCUGGCCUGUCCCAUGGAUCUGAAGAACUUCCCCAUGGAUGUCCAGACCUGCAUCAUGCAGCUGGAGAGCUUCGGCUACACCAUGAACGACCUCAUAUUCGAGUGGGAUGAGAAAGGAGCCGUGCAGGUGGCCGACGGCCUGACGCUGCCUCAGUUCAUACUGAAGGAGGAGAAGGACCUGCGCUACUGCACCAAGCACUACAAUACAGGUAAAUUCACCUGUAUCGAGGCUCGCUUCCACCUGGAGCGUCAGAUGGGUUACUACCUGAUCCAGAUGUACAUCCCCUCUCUGCUCAUCGUCAUCCUGUCCUGGGUCUCCUUCUGGAUCAACAUGGACGCCGCGCCCGCCCGGGUGGGUCUGGGCAUCACCACCGUGCUGACCAUGACCACGCAGAGCUCCGGUUCCAGAGCCUCCCUGCCCAAGGUGUCCUACGUAAAAGCCAUCGAUAUUUGGAUGGCAGUGUGUCUGCUCUUCGUGUUCUCGGCUCUGCUGGAGUACGCCGCCGUCAACUUCAUCGCCCGCCAACACAAGGAGCUUCUGCGCUUCAGACGGAGGCGACGACACAUGAAGGAGGAUGAGACAGGUGAAGGGCGCUUCAGCUUCCCCGGCUACGGCAUGGGCCCCGCCUGCCUGCAGGCCAAAGACGGCAUGGCCAUCAAGGGCAACAACAACAACGCCCCGGCCUCCUCGGGCUCGGCCGCGCCCGAGAAGAGCAUCGAGGAGAUGAAGAAGCUGUUCAUCGGCCGGGCCAAGCGCAUCGACACGGUGUCCCGUGUGGCCUUCCCGCUCGUCUUCCUCAUUUUUAACAUUUUCUACUGGAUCAUUUACAAGAUCAUCCGCAGCGAGGACAUCCAUAAGCAGUAGUCGAGAGGCAGAGGAGGAGGAGGGUGAGGACAGUGCGAAGAGGAAACAAAAACAGAGGAAACGGAGAGAGAGAUGACUUCAAUAGGAGAUAUCAUUGCAACCUUUUUCACUCCAACCACAUCACCUUUUCAUGUCCUCCUCCUCCUUCAUCCUCCUCCUCUUUUGGUCGAGGAUGUGUUGCUUUUUGUGGCAGUCCCUCCAACCUCUCCCCAACCUCACCCCAACCCUACCUUACAACCACUAGAAAUUCUUUGAGAAAUUUAUUGCUUUCUUUUCCCUUUAUGCUCUCCGUUCCUGCUCAAAAUCCCAGCCUCAUCCGUCUCUUUACACCUCCUGAAUAAUCCGGACCAGUGCAAUAGCAAUGCAGUAAAAUGCAUGAUAUAUGAAUGUGGCAAUAUAUUAAUGAAAAGAUGAAAAAUGAAAACACAAACUUUUGCAGGCACACCCAACGAACUGUGUGGGAGUGGACGGACUGGAGAGAAAGAAGACGAAGACCAGAGAGUCUUGUAAAGGGUCUUGUAUUUGAUUUUAGUUUGUUUUUUUGUGUGAAGACAGAUAUAUAAUUCUAUAUGAAAAGUGAUGUCGGGACGGGGUGGGGGAUGUGAGAGAAGCAUACAGCAGUGUAGUAUAUUCAUAUAUCUAUCAUAAAUGGAUGAAAAAAUAACUUUAUUUCCACAGGUGGGCAUCUGGAAGAGAGGGAUUUUUCACCCCAAAAAAAGAAGGAAGGGGGAUCGGUGCUUCCAUUGAAUAAAGCGACGCGAGGAUCGCGCAUUCUAUAUAUCUAGAUUUGCUUCAAACGUGUAUUGCAAGCACUCCUCAACGCUUUUCCUCCCCCCCUGCCACCAACACCACAAAACCUUGAACUUGCAGAGACACUUGCUGCUGCUGCCGUCAAUUACAGGACUGGACUAGAGAAAAAAAAGAUUAACAAAAACCGGACUAGCGAUGGUGAGGAUUAUGAGACAAAAUAUCUCAUUUAUCUGUGGUCAACGUGUUCCUCUAUUUGUCCAUAAUUUAUUUCAUAAUGCAUCUGUUUGUUUCUUAAUUUAUGUGCCAAGUAAACAUGUAGCUUGUGGCUGUGCGGCGCUCCGCAGCUCCGACCUUUUUCAUCGAGAGGAAGAGGAAGGGGGAAAAUCAGACGUCAGUCGAUGUAUCAAUUGACGUCUCCUCACAGGCUUCUUCUGGGUUUUUUAAUCCCUGAGACAUGAGUUUGUUUUCAAAAGAGGAAAUCGAUCCUGGCUCAGUAAAAAAAAUAAGUAGAUCCUUGUUUGCUUUCCUCGUUGUGUUCAUCAGGACUGAACCACAGAUUUGUUUACAUCUUAUCAGUGCUUCCUUGCUUUGACCCCGCCUUAAUGUGAGACCCCACCCUUCCCCAGCUGAGAGGACAUAUGUAGUCAAUUAAACAGAUUAUAGCACCUGUUAUACCUUAAUUAUCUGUAAUUCCAUCUCAUUCACAUGCAUCAACUGUAGCUGCAAACUUUAACUUUUGUGAAAAGCUACGACAUCGUGCACAUGGAGCGUAACAGCAGGAUUCACUUUGUCAUGUUGGAUGAGAUUUGAACAUUCAGCAGAUCAGUGGGGUUGAUUUUGGAUUUAUCAGACGAUGUUUUUCUCUUUUACUUUGCGCUGUGCUUCUCUAUGCAAUGAUUAGUAUAUGCAAAUAUGAUUUUACCUACUUUGAACAACUCAAAAGGGCAACAUCUGAGUUUUGUUUCAUCCCACUACUUUGAAACUUUUUGGUCUCUUUGGAGUAAUGUAGAAGAAAACGUGUUCAAAACUCAGUAAUGCAAUGGCAAACUGUCCAGCAACAGUUGUCAAGUGCAUGUUGAUUAUUAUACCAGAAGAUAUUUUAAAAAAAGUAAUCCGCAGCAGACAGAUUGAUCCAAACCUUUGAGCCCUCAGAACAUGGAAAGAAAGUGCGAACAUUUUUAAUUAUGUUCUUCUAUUAUUCGUAAAGAUGGUUGUUUCAUCUUAUCAUCUUGUCACGUCUGAUUCAGUUACAAGAAAACUCCCAAAGUGCUUUAUUCCUAAAAAAAACAAACAAAAAAGUAGAAGAUUUUGAUGGAAGAGGGUUAAAAAAAAUAAUUUUCCAGUCCUGUAGCAGAGCAACACCAUACUCAAAUGAGCACAUCAUAUUUUCUUGUUGUGUUAUAGAUUUAUUUUUAUUCUUUUUUUUUGUCUCAUAGUUGUCAGCCCUUAAUUCUUUAAAUCAAAUUUGACUUUAACAAAUAUUUCUGUGACUUUUUUAUACGAAGAGAAGGUCAAACAUGAUCUCAAUAGAUCAAAGAAGUCUGGAGGUGAUUAGCCUAGCUUAGCAUGAGUUGUUUUAGUAUUGUGUACAGAGAGAUAAAUAAAUAAACAAAUAUUAUUCAUAUAUGUAAAUGAUAUGUUAAAUAAGUGGGCUGUGGAUGAACUUGUUGGUAGGCAUAUUUGUUGAAGUUGGAAAGUUUCAGGCUAGCUUUUUCCCUCUGUUUCCAGUCUUUAUGCUAAGCUAGGCUAAUUGCUUCCAAAAUCUGAUUCAUUGUUAAGCUUCCAUGAGAAGGGUAUAGAUCUUCUACUCAGCCUCUCUGAAAGACGGUAAAUAAUUAUAUUUUUCAAGAAUAUUUAACUAUUCCUUUAACUGUUAAAGGAGCCAAUGUAGUGCAACUGUCGGACCAUCUUGUCUGUGGAAAUUCAAUUCAGUCGUACAGAUUUAAGAGUUGAAAAUAAAACGGUUGACUGCGCUUUGACCGAGAAGUUUGAGGAAAGAGUUUUUUCAAAACAGGAAACAUAAAACGUGUUUGUAUUCACAAUAAGUCAUUGGAGGACUCUAUAUAGACUGGUCAUCUUGGAGCAUCACAUACGGGGAAAACAUGGGUCAGUCCCAGUCCAAAUCAGCUGUUGAUUGCAAUGAUGAUUUAAAUGAAAAUGUAUCUGUUUUACAAAUGUCUGAGCCCAUGAUGAAACUUGGUUUUGAAGCAAAGCCAAAGAUUUUUUUGUUUGUUUCUCAUGUUUGAUGUAGUUUCCGUUGCCUUUUCUGCUGUUGUGAAUCAAAUGUUGCAGGAUGUGCAACCAUAUUCAAUUUGUCAUUUUAGUGUGUUUGCCAGAUGCAGUGUUGAGUUUGCCAGAUUAACUUCCUAAAGAAGAUGAAAAUGUAAAAAUCAUUUUCCCUCUUAUUUUUGUUUUAAAGAAAGCCGAUUAUUUUAUUGGAUUGCCCACCAAACCCCUCAUACAUGCACAGUUUUUACUUGUUAGUAAAGUAAAAAUGUGCCAUAGUGUGUCGUCACUGUGUUUAUUAGAGAUAUUUAAAAUUUAAUUCAUCCCAAUAUAAAUUUUAUACUACUACUUUUAUCAACCCAGUUAUAAGAAAGUGUGUGUAAGACUGAUCUGAAGGGCUAUGCCACGCACAUUAUAUUCACAACCCAGCAUGGUUUAUAGAGGAAGUGCCAUAGAAACUCUUCAUCCCGUAAACUCUGCAUUUAAUUCACUAUAUAAAUUCCAGGAAGUGAUGAAAAUAUCAUUUAGGCCAUGAUCACUGAAGAGAAUAAUUAUUUUAAAUGAAUUAAUUAAAGUUUUAGUUUUCAUUUGAUUCGAGAAAAAUAACAAAUUCUGGAGUUAGCCUACAUAAAAUCCCAGGGUGAACGCUUAAAGUCUUCAACUCUUUUGAGCGUUUAGGUUAGCUUCCUAAAACUGAAAUAACAUACUGACCAAAAGCAAGUAGAUGGUGUCACUUCUGAUGCUUUACAGAGUUCAUGACAUCUAUUAAUUAUAACUUCAGUUAGCCAAAAGGUUAGCCAUGCUGUUUAGCUUGCUAGACAUAAAAUAUCCCAAUACUUUGUCAUGCUAGCAAAAUAGGUGAAGCUCCAACAAAAUUACCUUUACUUUUCCCAAAAAGCAGCAAGGAGCUAAUGCGAAAACUAGCUUUCUAAUAUUCACUUACCCACAUGGAGAAAGGCAAAAAAAAAAAGUAAAGGACGUUACUAUUCUGGUCAAAGUUUAGCCAACAUGCUAUUUACUGUAGCUUGCUUGGUAGUAAAUUUGCAGUUGGUAUUUCUCUUUUAUCCCACAUUCAAUCAUUUCUUUGCGGUCCUUCUCCCAUACUAGCACUAAAGAUCAAGCUCCAACAAAAUGUCCUCAAGUUUUUCCUCAAAAGCCGUAGCCUACAGAGCUAACACUAAAAUUAGCUUCUGAAUAUUGCCAAUUCAUUACAACAACAAAAAAGUAGCAAAAGUAAGUCAGGGAGAAAAUCUAAUUCUCACAAGUAGUUAAUCUUGUAUUUUUUACUUUUUUUGUCUCUAAUUAACUCCUUUGUGAUCUUUAUAUCAUGCUAGCAGCAUAAAUUUACAGAAAGCGUCUGUGUGGCCUAAUUCUAGGAUUAUCUUGCUUCAUUUUUUAAUAAUCUACAAGCCUAAAAAUUACCCAAAGUUUUCUUUGUCCUGCUUUUGUUGCAGAUAAAAAUGAAUCUUGUAUGUAACAGUAUAUGUCUUGACUUUAAGGAAGAUUAACAAUAAAAAUAUCCUCAUCUUGAGUCCCUCCAUUAGUAGCUUAGCCUCCUCUCUGAUCACAGCCUAAACGUGACUGGAAACAUCAGACAUCUUGGUCUUAAUACGAUCUUAAAUUUGUAUCCUUCUGUGCCAUAGACACUGCAUCUGGAAAAAAAAAGUCAGAAGCACUUUUGUCCAUCAGCCUCUUUGCCAACAGCAGUCGUCCAAUUUUUCUAAAGCAUACAUAUCUUCUCGUGCCAUAUGGGGGUUGAAUAUGCAACUGAAAAAAACGAGGACCUAUAAGCAUAUCAUGCAUUCAUUCAACUACCAUUUUACAUGACUCAUACCUUUUCCUCAGGCGUGGGUGUUGUGUGUAUCAUAGUCAUUAUAGAGCUUUGUCAUAGGCCUCACAUCAUUGUAUUAAUCAUUGUAAUACUGUAUCGGGUCGGGGGAGGGAGGGGUUCAUAAAGAGGUAGAUACUUUAUAUUGCAUUACAGUGCAUACAGACUGAACAAUGAAGGAUGUGUUUUUGGACGUUUAUAAAUCCUUAAGUUCUGAACUGGAUUUUAAAGUAGCAUGGUUUGAUUUGUUGAUGAUUCUCUUGAUUUUUGGGGUUUUGUUUGAGUCUCUUGUAUUUUCUUGUAUGUAUUGUACAAUCUGAUGCCCCAAAGGGAGAAAGGAAAAAUACAGUGACUCCUGAAACUGCUGUGAACUUAAGGAAACAUGAAUAUGAUUAUUAUAUUUAUUUAUUUAUUUUCUUUGCACAAGUUGGAAUGGCCUUAAUUUUUGCUUUACUUGCUUCUAUUGUGUAUUGGCACAAAGUGCACCCGUUUGAUUUGCAAAGAUUACGAUGCUCAUUACGACGCUUAUAAUCUGAGAGUGCACAUCAAAGCAGGAUGAAAAAAAAAAGAAAAGUUCAGCAAAUCCUUUUUAUUUUUCAUUAAUCUGAGAAACAAUAUUUUGCAUGAAUAUAAAUACAAUGGCAGAUAUUUUGGCUUGUACAAAAAAAUGUGAAGCAAUUUGAAGAGAAAAAAAGAAUGUACCGUUUCUGCUGUAUCUGUAUAUAUCUAAAUAUUUAUUGAAAUAUGUCAUACUACUAAUUCUAUUAACGAUUAAAGGUUUUCUGAACAAAAAUCUCUUUACCAGUUUUUGAACAUUGUCAAGAGUUGUUGGAGUUGGAUCUUCUGCUUUCUGUUACUCGACUCAAGGAUCUGUGUAAUCAUUCAAGAAAAAGUAUUAAAAAUUGCAAAUAAA